CGUGGGCCGCCGAGUACCCGCCAUAUCUUUCCUUCCGUAUUAUCAUCAAUAGUUCGCUUGUUUGCCUUGUUACGGAGGCCUUGACAGGGAGAUAACAAGGCCGGGAAAUGAAGCACAGCCCUCACACAACUCCGAGUGUCAGCGUUCACUUACGAAGGACAAGGUAGUGCCAGACCAGUGCCGCAGUGCCAAACGAAGGCUCCUCCUCGCUUGGCUGGCCGAAAGCAGAGUGAGGGCAGCAGGAUACAAGGAUAAUCAGCAGUAAGCGGGUGCACCAUGGAUGUGUGGGUGAAGCUCAAUGCAUCCACCACAGGGAAGGACAAGAUAUUUAGGCUUGUCCAGUACCUCAGCCGCCUGGUCUGGCACAACCUGGAGAGCCGGAAGAACCUGAGGGACACCGUGGCUCGCCUCAAGAUACUCGAAAGCACCUUCUCCACCUUCAGAAAGUUGCUGCGUUUGGGCAAGAGUCUGGAGGUGCUACACGGGGCGCUGCGCACUCUACACCUCCACGAUGUUGUCCUCCGCGUCACACUCACUCUCUCCCGCAUCCACCAGUUCCUCUUCCUCCUGGCCGACCACAUCAUCUGGGUGGGACGCGCCGGGCUCUGGGACAUCAACCGCGACAAGUGGACACGUAUCUCAAACAAGUUCUGGCUGGGCUCGAUCAUCCUCAACCUCCUCCGAGACGCGUAUGAGGUCCUCGUUGUCAUGAAGCGCCGUAUGCGUUACCCGGCUUCCCCUGUGGGCCCGUGUGUUUACGAAGGUGCGCCGGUGGUCAAGGACGUGUGCCGGGCCGUUCCUGUGCUCCGCCCUGUUGUAGCGUUCGCCGAGGAGCACCGGGACGUCUUCUGGGACUGUAUCAAGAACCUCUGUGACCUCUGGAUCCCGUUAGCCAAUCUCGGACACGCCAAACUCUCGCCGGGCACUGUGGGUUUCCUGGGCAGCGUGUCGUCGAUGGCAGGCCUUGUAGCUGUUCUCGACCCCCUGGCCAAGCUUGCCCCGGCCUAACCUGCCCCUAGGAGAAAGAGCUAAAGGGACAUAGGGGCUGUUAGGGGGCCUUGUCAGUGGCUUAAAGGCAGUGGAAAGAUGAUGUAGGGUUGGUAUGGUAUAAGAACAGUAGAAAAAAAGUGUCCUAAUGUGGUUUUGUCUUUGGUUUAAGUGUGAAUAUGAACAAGCUGAAGGGACAUAGGUGGUGUUAGGGGGCCUUGUCAGUGGUUUAAAGGCAGUGGAAAAGUCUUAUUAGGUUGGUUUGGUUUAAGAACAGUAGAAAAAAAGUGUCCUAAUGUGGUUUUGUCUUUGGUUUAAGUGUGAAUAUGAAUAAGCUAAAGGGACAUAGGUGGUGUUAGGGGUCCUUGUUAGUGGUUUAAAGGCAGUGGAAAAGUCUUAUAAGGUUGGUUUGGUUUAAGAACAGUGGAAAAAGUGUCCUAAUGUGGUUUUGUCUUUGGUUUAAGUGUGAAUAUGAACAAGCUAAAGGGACAUAGGUGGUGUUAGGGGUCCUUGUUAGUGGUUUAAAGGCAGUGGAAAAGUCUUAUAAGGUUGGUUUGGUUUAACCCGAGAACGUCAGCAGACAUUUUUUUGGGCUUUCACGAGUCGUGGCUGUGGUUCGGUGGACCCUAAAAAGGGCUCGCCAUAAAACGCCUAAUUCGAGCUAAUUGUAGGCGGUGGUGGCAUAGCGCAACCCACCAUGAAUGCCCGAGGUCAUUGUGGUGGGUGAGUGAUCUUGAGGUGGGCUUUUUUGUCAUAGGUGGUGCUGUAAGGUCAUGGCAGACUGAAUUAGCUAUCCACACAGUAAUCACUUGUCAAAUUCUCUAUAGUACACAACAAGCGACUCUCGGCUAGAUGCCACGCGUCACAAGACUUUAUUUUGUAACAAACACCACCCAAAAAGAAUGGAGUUUGAGUAAAAGUAAACAUUUUUAACAGCUUUAUGGUUAUGAGAGGAGUACUCUGAUGUAUGCUCCUUGCUUUUUUCUUAGUCUCAAAAUGCAGAGUAAUUUUGUCGUUUCUUGGCCACUUCUCAGCUUUCUCAUGGCCGAAGCCCACGGGUUAAGAACAGUGGAAAAAAGUGUUCUAAGGUGAUUCUGUCAAUGGUUUUAGUGUGAAUAUGAACAAGCUAAAGGGACUUAGGUGGUGUUAGGGGGGAGAGUGAGUGGUUUUAGGGCAGUGGAAAAGUCUUAUAAGGUUGGUUUGGUAUAAGAACAGUGGAAAAAGUGUCAUAAUGUGGUUUUAUCUUUGGUUUUAGUGCAAAUAUGAACAAGCUGAAGGGACAUAGGGGCUGUUAGGGGGCCUUGUCAGUGGUUUAAAGGCAGUGGAAAUGUGUUAUUAGGUUGGUUUGGUUUAAGAACAGUGGAAAAAUUGUCCUAAUGUAAUUUUGUCUUUGGUUUUAGUGCGAAUAUGAACAAGCUGAAGGGACAUAGGGGCUGUUAGGGGGCCUUGUCAGUGGUUUAAAGGCAGUGGAAAUGUGUUAUAAGGUUGGUUUGGUUUAAGAAGUGGAAAAAGUGUCCUACUGUGGCUUUAUCUUUGGUUUUAGUGCAAAUAUGAACAAGCUGAAGGGACAUAGGGGCUGUUAGUGGGCCUUGUCAGUGGUUUAAAGGCAGUGGAAAUGUGUUAUAUGGUUGGUUUGGUUUAAGAACAGUGGAAAAAUUGUCCUACUGUGGUUUUGUCUUUGGUUUUAGUGCAAAUGUGAACAAGCUAAAGGGACAUAGGGGCUGUUAGGGGGCCUUGUCAGUGGUUUAAAGGCAGUGGAAAUGUGUUAUAUGGUUGGUUUGGUCAAUGGUUUAGGCGUCGAUAAGUUAGAGAGCUCUGGAAAGUCAUCAAGUGGUUUUGUCAAUGGAUUAAAUGCGGUGGAAAAGAAUGAUAGGGUUGGUUGUGUCUGGUUGAAGUGCAGUUAAGAAAGAGCUCAGGGGAUGAAGAACUUUAUAAGGUGGUUUUAUCUUUAAGUGCCACUAGGGGAGAUAGAGGGGAGAGCUCAAGGAAUAGUCAUUAGGGCAUUUUUCUUAUAAUCCUGGGGCAUCUAAAUAUGUGUAUGGGGGGUGAAAGGGGAAGAACUAAGCCACAAGGUCAUCAUAAGGGCAUUUUUCUAUAUGUUUCAGGGCGGAUAAAUGUGUGUGUGGGAGAUGAAGGGAAGAGAUCGAGGCAUAGUCAUUAGGGCAUUUUUCUUGUAUUCCUGGGGCAUUUAAAUAUCUGUAUGGGGGGUGAAAGGGGAAGAACUAAGCCACAAGGUCGUCAUAAGGGCAUUUUUCUAUAUGUUUCAGGGCAGAUAAAUGUGUGUGUGGGAGAUGAAGGGAAGAGAUCGAGGCAUAGUCAUUAGGGCAUUUUCUUAUAUUCCUGGGGCAUCUAAAUGUUUGUAUAGGAAGAAGGCACAAAGCAGUUAUUAGAGCGUUUUUCCAUUAGAGAUCAAGGCAUAGUAAUUAGGUCAUUUUUCUAUAUAUUUCUCGGGCAGAUUAAUGUUUGUGUAGGAAGAGAAGAGAAAGCACAAAACUGUUAUUAAUGUAUUUUUCCAUAAGUUACAAGGGCAGAUAAAUGUGUGUCGGGGAGAUGAAAGAGGUGAAGGCAAAGUCAUUACAGCAUUUUCCUAUAUAUUUCUAAGGCCAAUGGUUGUGUAGCAAGAGAGAAGAAGGCACAAAGCAGUUAUUAAUGUGUUUUUCCAUAAGUUACAAGGGCAGAUAAAUGUGUGUGUGUCAGGGAGAUGAAAGAGGUGAAGGAAUAGUCAUUAGGUCAUUUUUCUAUAUAUUUCUAAGGCUAAUGGUUGAGUAGCAAGAGAGAAGAAGGCACAAAGCAGUUAUUAAUGUGUUUUUCCAUAAGUUACAAGGGCAGAUAAAUGUGUGUGUGUGUGCGGGAGAUGAAAGGAAAGAGAUCAAGGCAUAGUCAUUAGGUCAUUUUUCUAUAUAUUUCUCGGGCAGAUUAAUGGUUGUGUAGGAAGAGAAGAGAAAGCACAAAACUGUUAUUAAUGUGUUUUUCCAUUACGUACAAGGGCAGAUAAAUGUGUGUCGGGGAGAUGAAAGAGGUGAAGGAAUAGUCAUUAGGUCAUUUUUCUGUAUAUUUCUAAGGCCAAUGGUUGUGUAGCAAGAGAGAAGAAGGCACAAAACUGUUAUUAAUGUAUUUUUCCAUUAGGUACAAGGGCAGAUAAAUGUGUGUCGGGGAGAUGAAAGAGGUGAAGGAAUAGUCAUUAGGUCAUUUUUCUAUAUAUUUCUAAGGCUAAUGUUUGUCUAGCAAGAGAGAAGAAGGCACAAAGCAGUUAUUAAUGUGUUUUUCCAUAAGUUACAAGGGCAGAUAAAUGUGUGUCGGGGAGAUGAAAGAGGUGAAGGCAAAGUCAUUAGGUCAUUUUUCUAUAUAUUUCUCGGGCAGAUUAAUGGUUGUGUAGGAAGAGAAGAGAAAGCACAAAGCUGUUAUGAAUGUGUUUUUCCAUUAGGUACAAGGGCAGAUAAAUGUGUGUGUGUCGGGGAGAUGAAAGAGGUGAAGGAAUAGUCAUUAGGUCAUUUCUCUGUAUAUUUCUAAGGCUAAUGAUUGUGUAGCAAGAGAGAAGAAGGCACAAAGCAGUUAUUAAUGUAUUUUUCCAUAAGUUACAAGGGCAGAUAAAUGUGUGUCGGGGAGAUGAAAGAGGUGAAGGCAAAGUCAUUAGGUCAUUUUUCUAUAUAUUUCUAAGUCAGAUUAAUGUAAUGUAAAUUCAUGGACAGUGAGGUUAGGUGGGGUUAGGUUCACAGGAGCUGCCUUGUAUAGACCUACCGACCGGGCCUCUUGCAGAUUCCUUACGUUCUCAUGUUUUUGUAUUAGGAAAGGAGAGUUUAAAGGGUUACUAGUGGAAAUAAAACUAACAAACUACGAUAUACUAGUGGAAAUAAAACUAACAAACUACGAUAUACUAGUGGAAAUAAAACUAACAAACUACGAUAUACAUUCAAGAAGAGGUUGUAUAAGUUUAUGGAUGGUGAGGUUAGGUGGGGUUAGGUUCACAGGAGCUGCUUUGUAUAGACCUACUGACCGGGCCUCUUGCAGACUCCUUACGUUCUCAUGUUUUUGUAUUAGGAAAGGAGAGUUUAAAGGGUUACUAGUGGAAAUAAAACUAACAAACUACGAUAUACAUUCAAGAAGAGGCUGUAUAAGUUUAUGGAUAGUGAGGUUAGCUGCCUUGUAUAGACCUACCGACCGGGCCUCUUGCAGACUCCUUACGUUCUCAUGUUUUUGUAUUAGGAAAGGAGAGAUUUGAAGGGAUACUAGUGGAAAUAAACCUAACAAAAAGCCACCUGUAAUAAAAUAUAAAUGAUAAAGCCUUCCGGUGCUGCUGUUAGGGGUGAAAGUACUAUGUUAUAAGUGUCUCAAAGUUGUCGGCGUCCUAGUCAUGGAGUUUGUGGCGUUUAUACUUGUUAUUGUUUUGUAGAGUUAAGAUAAUGCAGGAGGAGGGGGCAAUGCAAUAUAUAUGUAGCACACGUUUCUUUUAAGUUUUGUAUGGGUGGGGUGUAACAUUUGAAACAUUUAGCUGUAGAAGGUAUAGGAAUGUAUAAGCUUACGUAUGGGAAUGUCGGCUAAUGUAUGGGAGUUUGUACAGGUGGGAUGCAGCUGUAGAUGGAGAGGAAAUGUAAGCUUAUGGAAGAGAAUAUAAGCUUACGUAUGGGAAUGUCAGCUUAUGUAUGGGAGUUUGUAUGGGUGGAAUGUAGCAGCAGAUGGUAGGGGAUAUGUAAGCUUAUGGAAGAGAAUAUAAGCUUACGUAUGGGAAUGUCAGCUUAUGGAAGAGAAUAUAAGCUUACGUAUGGGAAUGUCAGCUUAUGGAAGAGAAUAUAAGCUUACGUAUGGGAAUGUCAGCUUAUGGAAGAGAAUAUAAGCUUACGUAUGGGAAUGUAAGCUUAUGGAAGAGAAUAUAAGCUUUCGUAUGGGAAUGUAAGCUUAUGGAAGGGAAUAUAAGCUUAUGUAUGGGAAUGUAAGCUUAUGGAAGGGAAUAUAAGCUUUCGUAUGGGAAUGUAAGCUUAUGGAAGGGAAUAUAAGCUUACGUAUGGGAAUGUAAGCUUAUGGAAGGGAAUAUAAGCUUAUGUAUGGGAAUGUAAGCUUAUGGAAGGGAAUAUAAGCUUAUGUAUGGGAAUGUAAGCUUAUGGAAGGGAAUAUAAGCUUAUGUAUGGGAAUGUAAGCUUAUGGAAGAGAAUAUAAGCUUACGUAUGGGAGUAUCAACUUAUGUAUGUGAACUUAAGCUUAUGUAUGGGAACUUAAGAUUUUGUAUGGGAAUGUCAGCUUAUGUAUGGGAGUUUGUAUGGGUGAAAUGUAGCUGCAGUUGGUAGGGGAAAUGUAAGCUUAUGGAAGAGAAUAUAAGCUUAUGUAUGGGAAUGUCAGUUUAGAUAUGAAAAUGUAAGCUUAUGUAUGGGAAUGUUUGCUUAUGUGUGGGAAUCAAAGCUUAUGUACUGAAUGGGAAUAUAAGCUUAGGUGUGGGAACGUAAGCUUAUAGAUGGAAAUGUCAGCUUAUGUAUGGAGGUGUUGUAUGCAUUCCGGGAGAUUUUGGGAAUUAUUAUUAAAGUUUACAGCCGA